AUGGAAAUCUGCAACAGUUGCGCAUCGAACAUGACAUCUGCCGAAGUUGUUUGUGGUGGCUUUUGUAAAGCAACUUUCCAUUUCAAAUGCGCCAGAAUAACAGAGGCUUUGUACAAUGAAAUCAUUGGAAAUCCCGCUGUAUUCUGGAUGUGCAAAGGAUGCUGCGACAUCAUGGGGAACGCAUGCUUUAGGAACACGAUAACAUCGAUGAAUUCUGUAACCGCGGAACUAAACAACAUGCAUAAAAAGGUUGUCGAAGAACUAAAGACGGAGAUAAAAGACAGCUUGAUUGCCGAACUGCGAUUGGAGAUACAAGGAGGCUUCAAUAAACUUUCUCCGGCGGUUUUAUCCCCGUUGCCACACCGUUUUCAAUUUGACAAUCGAUCAUCACCGAAGAGAGCCCGCGACGACGACCCCGAACGACUCGAACGGCCAACGAAGAUAUUCCGUGGUACUGGGUUGAUGGCGAACGGAGCAACUAUCGCGACCGCCGUAAGGACAGAGAGUAGAUUUUGGAUGUAUCUAUCAAAAAUUUCUCCCGAAGUCUCGGAAGCGGACAUCCAAAACCUCGCCAAGGAAUGUCUGCAGACGGAUGAUGUAGUUGCAAAAUCACUCAUCCCCAGGGGACGACCGCUGAACACGUUGACGUUUGUAUUGUUCAAGGUGGACAUCAACCAAAGCUUAAAAACAAAAGCAAUGGACCCCUCUACUUGGCCGCAAGGGAUUGAAUUUCGCGAGUUUGAAGACAAUGGUUCCACCUCACGGCAUUUUUGGAAGCCAGCGCCAAUAGCCGACCCGGGAGCAUCAACGUCGACGAACAACCCCAUCCAACUGACUUGA